AAACUGUACGCCGCGGCAGAGUUAAACAGUGACUAGUCGCGUGUAGACGUACCAUACGUUGAUAUUAUUAUUACGUACCACAUACUAUAACGUCAGAUUAUUUACAAGGAAUAGUUCCAACUCCCAAGGUGCGAUAUUUUUGUGGUGGCAAAUCGCCAGUAGGAAUUAAAUUUAUAUUAAACAUCCCGGUUUUAGUGAAUAAAUAUAUAAGAAACAACUAUAUUGUUGUAUAACUAUGUUUACACGUACUUUGGAUGUGAUAAUAAUAUUGUAGUGUUUAAAAGUUUUGUUUAUUCUGUGGUUAUGAAGUUGUAAUAAAAAUGAGUGAAAAUACAAAUCAAUCACCUCAAGAGCCAGCAAGGCCGCAAGAAUUUAAUAAGAGGAAUACAGUGAACAGAACACAGAAGAAGUCUAUUGAAUCUAAACUAUGGGACCUUUUACAGCCAGUGGCGAGACUAUGGGGUCUCAUAACUGCGAUAGUCCUAAGCGGCGCCGGAGCCGAAUUGACUGUUCUAGGCUACGAAGUUGCUCCAGCACUUAUUGCAGGUGCUAUAUUAGUGUUCUUGCUUGAGACAAUGUGGGUGGUUGCUCUAUUCGUGGACCUUCUCUGUCGGCGUGGAGAGUACUCCAUGAAGUUGAGAUGUUGGGACUUCAUGAGGUGGUCAUGCGGACGAGCUCGGGCUCCGUUCUACGCUUGUGCAGCGACCGCGAUUCUGUUUGCCAACCUUACGAUACUAGCCACUGUUUCAGGCGGCAUGUUGCUGGUAUUGGCAGCAUUACGGGCCACGGUUCCGUUCUCUCCAUACGCGAGUCACGGCCCACACUCUCCCCGAGCCGGCAGCACGCUCCUCAGUCAGCAUGAUAGCAACGUACCUGAUGUGUACUACAACGCUGUCCAGGCGGCGGAGGAAAGAUCCGAAGAAAUGACGGUACUUGAUAUCAAAACGCAGGGUAGGUCGCGGUCACACACGCCCGACCCCAAGUUGCUGGAGCUGUGAGCUGGACGUGGACUUUAGGGAAUUUAUAUGGGAACAUACUCCGAACAGCGAACUGUCGGUAAAGUAACAAACGUCAAAGAGAAACUCGCUAAAUACCUUGUACUGGCAUGCCGUAACUUUUUAUUCAUUACGCAUUACGCCGGCAUCAGUAACAGGGGUUCGCGUCCACGAAAUACAGAAAGUUUACUGUUUUUCAUUCAUAUACAUGACAUAUGAAAGAUAAAUUAUGAAAACUCUGUUCGGUUCGAUGCACACUAGUGUUAAGGUGAGUAAGUGUUUUUUCCGACUGUAAUUCAGAUUGUACGUUCUGUAUGGAGUUGAAUUUUUUAUUUGUAUGGAGGCGUGAUACAAGGAGAACGGCUGAAAUCAGAUGUUGCCAAAUAAUUAACCCUGACGUUACAACGAGUAAACAACAACAGUGGUAUUUGUUUAUAAGCGAUACGAACUGAUGAGUAGAUUGUAAAUUAUAUUUAUUUGUAAGGGAUUUUCAAAUUAAUGACAUAAUUAAUACAUUAAUUUAGAUCCCUACAAGCUGUGAUAGUGUUCGUUUAAAACCUAGAUAUUCUAUACAUGACUGUACGUGUGUUGUAUUAAACAUAUAUCUGAUG